CAGCGGCCCUGGCUGCCGCGGAGACGAUCUCCCGGCGGGCAGUGCGGCCCGGCUCUCCCGCGGCAGCGAGUGCCACGUCCCAAGUGCUACGCGGAGGAGCGGAGCGGGCGGUGCGCGGGGGGCGGGGAGCUGCGCGGAGCCCGGUCAGGCCACACUGAUCGCCCGCCGCCAUGGGCUCUUCGCAGAGCGUCGAGAUCCCAGGCGGGGGCACAGAAGGCUACCACGUCCUGCGGGUACAAGAAAAUUCCCCAGGACAUAGAGCUGGACUGGAGCCGUUCUUUGAUUUUAUUGUUUCUAUUAAUGGUUCGAGAUUAAAUAAAGACAAUGAUACCCUUAAGGAUCUACUGAAAGCAAAUGUUGAAAAGCCUGUAAAAAUGCUUAUCUACAGUAGUAAAACACUGGAGCUGCGAGAGACCUCAGUCACACCAAGUAACCUGUGGGGUGGCCAGGGCCUGUUGGGAGUAAGCAUUCGUUUCUGCAGCUUUGAUGGGGCAAAUGAAAACGUUUGGCAUGUGUUGGAAGUGGAAUCAAAUUCUCCUGCGGCACUGGCAGGUCUUAGACCUCACAGUGAUUAUAUUAUUGGAGCAGAUACUGUCAUGAAUGAGUCUGAAGAUCUGUUCAGCCUUAUUGAAACACAUGAAGCGAAACCAUUGAAACUUUAUGUGUAUAACACAGAUACUGAUAACUGUCGAGAAGUGAUUAUUACACCAAAUUCUGCAUGGGGUGGAGAAGGCAGCCUAGGAUGUGGCAUUGGAUAUGGCUAUUUGCAUCGAAUACCUACACGUCCCUUUGAAGAAGGAAAGAAAAUUUCUCUUCCAGGACAGAUGACUGGAACACCUAUUACUCCUCUUAAAGAUGGGUUUACGGAGGUCCAGCUGUCCUCAGUUAAUCCCCCGUCUUUGUCACCACCAGGAACUACAGAAAUUGAACAGGGUCUGUCUGGACUUUCUAUUAGCACAACUCCACCAGCUGUCAGUAAUGCUCUCAGUACAGGUGUACCAACAAUACCAUUAUUGCCACCACAAGUAAACCAGUCCUUCACUUCUGUGCCAUCAAUGAAUCCAGCUACUACAUUACCAGGUCUGAUGCCCUUACCAGCAGGACUCCCUAACCUGCCCGCCCUCCCCAACCUCAACCUCCCCGCACCGCACGUCUUGCCCAGUGUCAGCCUUCCAGAACUCGUGAACGCGGGUUUGCCACCUCUUCCUUCCUUGCCUCCCCGAAACUUACCUGGCAUUGCACCUCUCCCCAUGCCAUCCGAGUUCCUCCCGUCAUUCCCUUUGGUUCCAGAGGUGUCUUCUGCAGCAGGUACUGGGGAGCUGCUGCCCUCCCUCCCACCCACUGGCAACCUACCCUCCGACCCUAUCACGACCACUGCAAGGGCAGAUGCUGCCUCCGCACUCGCUCUGGAUGUGAUGCUCCCAACUUCCAAGGCCCCCACCACUGCCGAGGACAGAGUCAGCGAAUCCGCCCCAGCCAUUGAGAAGCCUGUUUCUGCAGUAACGGAUGCAAAUGCCUCGGUGUCACCUUAACUUUGAACCACCUUCAGAGUUGGCCUGGUGUGCUUAUUUAACCAUGGAAGCCGGUCUGGAAAUGAAAACGAUCAUUAAUUUCAUCCUAGUUUGUACUGUAUCUGUAGGCAUCCUGUAAAUAGUUCCAAGGGGAAAACUAAGCAAGAGGACCUGGGCUUGUAUCCUGCUAAGUCAGGGUAGGCUUAUGGCUGGGGAGGGAAACGUCGCAAAGUGCUUGUAUUGUAAAACAACCAAAAAGAAUUGUUAGGGUGGCUUGCUGCCAGGUUUCCACUGCCGUUCUUGGGGGUGUGCAUCUUUGGAAAGGUGGUGACAGGGUGUCCACUGGCCUUCCUGUCCCCCUGCUGCUCCUCUGUAAGAAAACGAAAUGUUUUAUGCCUAGUACUCACACACCACCUUUCUUGUAUUUUGUAAAUUGUUUGAGAGAAUGCAGACCACCUCACUAACCCAUGAAAGGAAAAGUUAUUUUACUUUUGGUCUCCAUGAGUCACAUCUCUAUUAAGGUUUACACGAAAUUUCCAACUAAAGAUGUUUAUUAAAGUUACACAAUGUGCACUAUUAAUUGAACAUCUUUUUAUUCAGCCUAUAUACAUAGAUCCUUGUUUUGAGCUCUCAGAAUUACUCAGACAACAUUUUGUAACUGCUGCUGUUGCUUUAUACGUCCACCAUAAAAUGGCAUUUAAAAAGAAAUAAAGGAGAUGUUGCGGUUUUAAACCAGAAGGUGGCACUUUGUGGCUACUUAAAUUAUGAUAGCUAUACUGGGAAAGAAUAGAUACAGCAAUAAAUGACAGUAAUUUGACGUUUCUUCUUGUGGUCCGUUUGAAUUACAACAACUCAUUGCCCGGUGUGCGCUUGUGACUCUCCAGGAUGCCGCACAUCUUUAAUGUAAUUUUUCAUGUCUUAAUGUUUGCUUUCUCCUAACUUUUCUAAGAGAUGAUAAAUGGAAUUGAUCUAUUGAAUGAAAUUAAAUGCGUAUUAUAUCUCUGUUUU